CUUACUGUGACACUAACUAAUUCUUUUAAUUAUAUAUCUUACAACCUAUACUAUACCUUAUGCUGAAGCACCUUCCUUGUAAAUCCAACCAUUCCAUUUUCUUUCUUCUUCUUCUUCUUCUUCUGGUUUUCUCUUUUCUUGUCCUUUCUCUUCUCAUUCUUCUAUAUAUAUCUUCUCUGCUCUUUCUUUUCCUUCCCAUUCAAGCUUUUGUAGCUUCUUUUUUUCACUCCCUUAAAUUAUCUUACUCUGCACCAUAUGUAACAUUUAUGUUAUAUCAACUAAUUAAUUGGAUCAUUACAUAUACACAAUAACCGCCUUCAAAUAUACAAAGUUUCAUAUAGUUUCCAUUCUUAUAUCAAAGGUCAUGGAAGACUCCUCUGCUGCUUAUAUCCACCUGGUGCACCGUUUGAUAGAAGAGUGUAUCUUAUUCAACAUGAGCAAAGAAGAGUGCAUGGAUGCUCUUUCCAAGCAUGCAAAUAUCAAACCGGUUAUCACCUCCACUGUUUGGAAAGAGUUGGAGAAAGAGAAUAAGGAGUUCUUCGAGGCAUAUUUGAGGAACAGAGCAGAGAGAGCCUCAGAGACAGAGAUGAGGCAAAGGAUACGAAACAUGGUUUUGGAUUCUUCCAAAUAACGAGUUUAGAGUAUAACAUACGCAAAUUAAAUAAGGUUAGCAUAGUUGUUAUUGUCUCAAUUAAAUGAAGUUUGAAGAAGAACCUAGUUGCCUAUGUAUAAUAACAUGCUUAAAUUAACAUGAUAACAUGUGUAAUAAUAGUGAAAACCGUGACACGGACAAAACAAUAUUGGACCAAGGAGCAACAUCGUCAUAUCAUUAUAUGGGUGGCAUAAAUGGCUUCAUUUGAUUUGUCACAAGGUAGUAUAGAAAGUUGAAUUCAGCACUCUACAGUGACUGCGAGAGUGUGACAUGGAAUGGAAUACAUGUGUUAUACUAAAUAAAAUUGUAAAAGCAUGUGUGUUAGGCUCGAUGUACAUAUAAAUAAAAAUUUAUUUGUUCUUGUUU